AUGGCAACUACCACUGUAAUGCAAAAUUCGCGCGAAAGUGUUAUCGCCCUUGAGGCUCUGCCUCGUUCCCAGUCAGACAUAGGUCCAUCUUCGGAACCCCCCGACAGCUUUCCGAUAUUGGAGAAAUGGAAUCAACCCCGUGUCAAUGUUAGUCGGACUUUUGCAACACUCUGGUCAUUCCUGGUAAUGGGUGCGAAUGAUGCAGCCUAUGGUGCUCUAAUUCCAUAUCUGGAAUCAUACUACCAUCUAUCAUAUACGAUCGUAUCUCUCGUUUUCUUGUCGCCUCUGGUAGGUUAUACACUCGCCGCGUUUCUCAAUCACCGCAUCCACUAUACACUAGGUCAGCGCGGUGUGGCCAUUAUCGGACCAGCUUGUCAUCUUAUUGCCUAUGUUAUCAACUGCGUUCACCCCCCGUACCCGGUGCUGGUGGUUGCGUUCAUCUUUGCAGGAUUGGGAAAUGGCCUAGAGGAUGCUGCAUGGAAUGCAUGGAUGGGUAACAUGGCCAAUGCAAAUGAGCUAUUGGGAGUGUUGCAUGGCGUCUAUGGAGCCGGUGCCGUUCUGAGUCCUUUGAUCGCAACCUCCAUGAUUGCCAAGGGUGGUCUGCCGUGGUAUUACUUUUAUUAUGUCAUGGUCGGAUGUGCGGCUAUCGAAUUGGUGGUUUCUGGCACAUGCUUCUGGAAAUCAACUGCCGCCGAUUUCCGCGCGUCCACUGCACCAUCAGCGGAUGAGACUAAAAAAGGUGGCUUGAGAGAUGCACUCUUCAAGCGCCCGGCCGCCCGGGUAACCUGGCUCUGCGCAUUGUUCUUGCUGGGAUACGUUGGAGUAGAAGUUGCGCUGGGAGGCUGGAUUGUUACCUUUAUGAUCCGAGUUCGACAAGGUAGUGCGUUUGCUAGCGGAAUGACGGCCACUGGGUUUUGGCUAGGUAUCACGGUGGGACGGGUGAUUUUGGGGUUCGUGACACCCCGCGUCGGCGAGAAAGUCGCAGUUUCGGUAUACAUUGUUUGCUCCAUGGGAUUUGCUUUGAUUCUAUGGCUUGUGCCUCAGUUUUAUGCGUCGGCGGUGGCAGUGUCGCUGCAAGGCUUUUUCUUGGGCCCCCUUUUCCCAGGGGCAGUUGUAAUGGUUACCAAGCUACUUCCUCGGCAUUUGCAUGUAACCUCAAUAGGGUUUGUCGCUGCCUUUGGGGGUAGCGGGGCCGCCAUUCUCCCCUUUGCGGUUGGUGUGCUUGCACAAGCUAAGGGAGUUAAAGUGCUGCAGCCAUUUAUCGUGGCCUUGUCUGGUGCCAUUCUCAUCACGUGGCUGGGAUUGCCGCGGGUGUCCAAGGUCAGACAUGAUUAA